AUGUCAAAAGCUAUAGGUAUUGAUUUAGGUACAACUUAUUCAUGUGUUGCUCAUUUCACCAAUGAUCGUGUUGAAAUCAUUGCAAAUGAUCAAGGUAAUAGAACAACCCCAUCAUAUGUUGCUUUCACAGAUACAGAAAGAUUGAUUGGUGAUGCUGCAAAGAAUCAAGCCGCUAUGAACCCUUCAAACACUGUGUUUGAUGCUAAACGUUUGAUUGGUAGAAAAUUUGAUGAUCCAGAAGUUAUUACAGAUGCAAAGCAUUUCCCUUUCAAAGUGUUAGAUAAAGAAGGUAAACCUUUUAUUCAAGUUGAAUUUAAAGGUGAAAGUAAAACUUUCUCACCAGAGGAAAUUUCUUCAAUGGUUUUAGGUAAAAUGAAGGAAACUGCUGAAGGUUAUCUUGGUGAUACUGUUAAAGAUGCUGUUAUUACUGUUCCUGCUUAUUUCAAUGAUUCUCAAAGACAAGCCACAAAAGAUGCAGGUUUAAUUGCAGGUUUAAACGUUUUGAGAAUUAUUAAUGAACCAACCGCUGCAGCAAUUGCUUAUGGUUUAGAUAAAAAAGGUCAAGGUGAACAUAAUGUUUUAAUUUUUGAUCUUGGUGGUGGUACUUUUGAUGUUUCAUUAUUAUCAAUUGAUGAUGGUAUUUUUGAAGUUAAGGCCACUGCAGGUGAUACUCAUUUAGGUGGUGAAGAUUUUGAUAAUAAAUUGGUUGAUCAUUUAGCUAAUGAAUUUAAGAGAAAGAACAAAAAAGAUAUCACUGGUAACCAAAGAUCAUUAAGAAGAUUAAGAACAGCAGCUGAACGUGCUAAACGUACAUUGUCAUCAUCUGCUCAAGCCUCAAUUGAAAUUGAUUCAUUGUUUGAAGGUAUUGAUUUCUAUACUUCAAUCACAAGAGCUAGAUUUGAAGAAUUGUGUGCUGAUUUGUUUAGAUCCACAAUUGAUCCAGUUGAAAGGGUUUUAAAAGAUGCUAAAUUGGAUAAAUCUCAAGUUCAUGAAAUUGUUUUAGUUGGUGGUUCUACACGUAUUCCAAAAGUUCAAAAAUUAGUUUCUGAAUUCUUCAAUGGUAAAGAACCAAAUAAAUCAAUUAACCCAGAUGAAGCUGUUGCAUAUGGUGCUGCUGUGCAAGCUGCCAUUUUAACUGGUGAUACAUCUUCAAAGACUCAAGAUUUAUUAUUGUUGGAUGUUGCACCAUUAUCUAUGGGUAUUGAAACUGCUGGUGGUAUUAUGACUAAAUUAAUUCCAAGAAAUUCCACAAUUCCAACUAAAAAAUCUGAAACUUUCUCCACUUAUGCUGAUAAUCAACCAGGUGUCUUGAUUCAAGUGUUUGAAGGUGAAAGAGCUAGAACAAAAGAUAAUAAUUUAUUAGGUAAAUUUGAGUUGUCUGGUAUUCCACCAGCUCCAAGAGGUGUUCCACAAAUUGAAGUUACAUUUGAUGUUGAUGCUAAUGGUAUCUUGAAUGUUUCAGCAUUGGAGAAAGGUACUGGUAAGACAAAUAAGAUUACAAUUACAAACGAUAAAGGUAGAUUAUCAAAAGAAGAUAUUGAACGUAUGGUUUCAGAAGCUGAAAAAUUCAAAGCUGAAGAUGAAGCUGAAGCUGAACGUGUUUCUUCAAAGAAUGGAUUGGAAGCUUAUGCUUAUUCAUUAAAGAAUACAAUUAAUGAAGGUCAAUUUAAAGAAAAAGUUGGUGAAGAAGAUUAUGAAAAAUUAUCAAAAGAGAUUGAAUCCACAAUUUCUUGGAUUGAUGAAUCUCAAGCUGCUUCCACUGAUGAAUAUAAAGAUAGACAAAAAGAAUUGGAGGGUGUUGCUAAUCCAAUUGUGACUAAAUUCUAUCAAGCUGGUGGUGCUCCUCCUCCAGGUGCUGAAGGUGCUGCUCCAGGUGGAUUCCCAGGUGGUGCCCCAGGCGGUGGUGCUCCAGGUGCUGGUGGUGACAAUGGUCCUACUGUUGAAGAAGUUGAUUAGAUUUAUUUAGCUAGUUGUAAUUAAUGAAAUGGU